GUUGCGCAUGCCUGAACUUCCUCCGAUGAGAAUGUAACCUAAAAUGACACAUGCCGACAACUCUUACGCAUACUCGCACACGCCAAGGUAUACCCGAAGGAAUAUUACCUAAUUUCUGCCGUCCCCUCGGAGCGCACGGCUGGCGCAUCCAACAUAGAAGCCUGCAAAGUUUCUUCGUGACAAUUAUCAGAGAACAAAGGUACGAACGGGGACGGGUGGUAUAAUGGCAGCGUUAUUUCGUCUGAAUUGUGUGCCAAGUUUACGCAGAGGGUUAACCCUGAUGGCACGCAAAGAAACACUUUGUCGCAAGAUAACAACAACACCACGAUACAAUAAGGAGGAGUCUGUCAAGAAGAAAUGGGUGAGCUAUGGCUUCGAUACGGGAAACGAGGCCGAUGAUCGUCAUGGCCUGCAUCAGACUAUGUUUGUCGUUGUGACUUUGUGCUUUGUGGUCGGUGGCGCUGUUAUUGGCUACCUGCCUGACGUGAACAACGUAGACUGGGCACAGCGAGAGGCUUAUCUACAACUCCGUUACAGAGAGGAGCACGGGCUUCCUCUAGUCGACCAAAAUGUGGUUGAUCCAGCCAAAAUAUACUUACCAAGCGACGAGGAGUUAGGUGACACAAAUAUUAUUAUUUAAGAAAAGCAACGGCCAGACGUGGGGAACUCUAUUCGACUUCUGAGUAUCAUCCCUGCUCAUCUGUAACAACUUAGUAUUUGUUAAUAAUGUUCUGAAGAUGAUUAAUAAAUAAUGUGCUACUUUUGUUGAUUGAAA